AUGGUUAGCUUCGAUGUGGUGUCGCUUUUCACCAAAGUGCCAAUCAAGGACACUAUGAAUCUGCUAGGAGGAAACUUCGCCGAAGAUGUCUUGAGAUUCUUUCGCCAUGUCCUAACAACAUCCUACUUCAGCUUCGAUGGCCAGUUCUACGAACAGACUGACGGUGUAGCCAUGGGCUCUCCACUAUCUCCGGUCAUCGCUAACUUCUACAUGAAGGACUUUGAGGAGAGGGCGCUGGACUUGGCCCCACACAAGCCCCUAUGCUGGUUUCGAUAUGUGGACGACACCUUCGUCAUCUGGCCCCACGGACCUGACAACCUGAAGGGUUUCCUGAACCACUUAAACAGUAUCAACCUAUGCAUUCAGUUCACCAUGGAAACCGAAAGUGAAGGCCACCUCCCCUUCCUAGACAUAGAUAUUUACAGCAGACCCGACGGCUCUCUAGGCCACAGAGUAUACCGCAAACCCACACACACCAACCUCUAUCUCAAUGCCAGGUCCAUCAUCACCCUUCCAGUAAACAGGCAGCUCUUUCCACACUGGUACACAGGACCAGAGCUCUGUGCGAUCAAGAGAUUCUGUGUGCGGAGUGGGAGUUCCUGA